CGACGAUUGAGUUUUUUUCUAGCAGAUCAGCUGAAGAUAUAUAUUUUGUAGCAGAAGCAGAUUGCCGCGAGUAAACAAGUAAAAUGAAAAGCUGAAACCAAAGCGAAAUGAAAGCGAAGCAUUGCAAAGAAUAAAAUAAUAGGUACUGAAUAAAUCUACAAUAUAAAGUAAAAUUGAAAAAUAAAAUAUAAAAUAAAUAAACACAUACGUAAAUCGCUGGGUAGAAAUCCGAAAUCCGAGCGCGAAUAAGCUUUCGAACUUUGCAACUUCAGUCGCGGUGUGUAAGCGAGUCUGAGCAGAUCGUUGUGGCGUUCAUUCACUUUGUAAACGCGACACUAAAAACGUAGAUUUUUUUAUAUAAAAAAAAAAAUAUAUACAUAUGUGCAUUUGAUUACAAAAUCACAAGUGAAUUGAAUGUGAACAGUGCAGUGAAGCGCGAAGCGAAAUAAACAACAAAAACACGUUUUACGAGUUACUUGGCACAUUUAAUCAGUGACCUUUGAAGGCCUACGCUCUCUAGAAAUACCGACGCACAUACAUACAUAUAUAAACACACGUCUAAAUAAUUUUUUAGCACAGAAAACAAUAAAUCCAAAUGGAUCAAAAACGCGCUAUGCUCUAUCCGGAUAUCGAUCCUGCACACAAUGCUGCCACUCAUGGUCAUCGCAUAUCUGCCUCUGCUGCCAUGGGCUUGCCAGCUGAGGCGCCUCCUUCAUAUGACUUUGCUAUAGCAUCCACUUCCACACCUACGCCGACGCCAACUGUGUCAAACACUAAAGGAGGAGCAGGCAGUGGUGCGCUGGGUUGGACACCUAGCGCACCGGCGGUGACCACACCUGAACCACAAGCGCCAUCGUCUCAGCCAUUACCACACGAUGGCCAGACAAGGCCUGUGAUUGUGGUACAACCACUGCCUCAACAACAAACACAAUCACCAACAACACAAGUAGGCAAUAUUCCAACGCGCAUGAAAUUAGGUCCCAAUCCAUGUGCGGUCAUCUGUCCCGUCUGCGGUGCCAACAAAACGACGCGAAUGGUUUUCACACCCAACACACGAACGCAUAUUUGUGCGGGAAUACUAUGCUUGGCCGGUUUCUGUUGUUGUGCUUGUUUGGUGCCCUAUUGCAUGAACAGCUGUCGGACUGGCAAUCAUUAUUGCUCACAAUGCAACACGUUUCUUGGAGUUUAUAAUCCACGGAAAGUAUGAAAGUGAUGGACUUUUCCAUACAUAUACACAUAUUUAUAUGUAUUUACGUAUGUACAUAUGUAUGUAUGCAUGUGUAUGAAAUGAAGUAGUGCUUAAAAAGUUGUAUAACUUUUAUUAAAGAAAUUUAAUUUUUAUUUUUUUUUUUGGGAAAAUAUAAUUCGCAUACUAUAUAUAUUUAUGUAUGUACUAUGAUUAUGUUUAUUAUAUGUGCAUAUGUACACCUAAAUAGAUGGAUGCAUGUGUGUAUAGGAAAUAUGUAUGUAUCAUGGAUUUUCGCUUUUAAUUUAGCAAUGUAAUGUUUUGCUUGCUUUAUGUAAACAAUUUCUGCACAUGCGCCGCUCUUGUGCAACCACAUGCAAGUACAUACAAAUGUACAUAUCGCUAGCUUAGAGAAAAAAGUUGCUAAGUCCACUUUAUAUUCCUUGUGACUUGUCACUUGGAAUAACAAAUGUACAUAGCUGAAUCUAAACGGUUGGAAAUUAAAUAGUUAAACUCUGAUUAUGGCAACUUAACUUAACUUAACCUAAGUUAGAACUUAGAAAAUCAAAAUUAAAUAGACUUCGACGUGGCAUUAAGUUACUUUAAGUUCCGCCUGUCCAAAUGUUAUCAACAUGCAUUUAAUAGAAUAUCUGAGUUACGUUAAGUUUCCAUAAUCAAACCUUUAGCAUUUUUAUUGUUCUUGCUUUUGCAUCAAAAUAUACAAUAAUA